UUUCAUAUAUAAUGAUAUGUAUACAUAAGCUAUAAUAAACAUUAGCCCAUAGAAUCAAAUAUUCACUUCUGAAUAAACAAAUAACCUAAAUUUAACAAAUUAAGAAUGACAGGAGGUAACGAAAAGCUGCUGGUUAUGCAGCAAAAUGUAAACGCCUUCUCUCUUCCAUACUGGUUGGUGCGCAUUUUAAUCAACCACUCCAAGCUCAACACUGAUUGGCUGGUUUGUCGAUCAGUUAAGUGACAACAGACGCACAGCCCUCUGAUUGAACACAAAGUAACUAGCUGAGAGCAGAGGCGGGAUUUUUGGUAAAGUCCUUCGUGGUCGUGAGUUUAAAGAUUUCUGGACACUGAUUGGCUAAAGAUCAGCGUCAGUGUGACACCCGCAAAUCUCAUUGGUUCUUAGCUCUGACGAGGUUUUGCGUUCGUUAAUACCGUUAAUCACGUUCAGCAGCGUCAAGGCAAACGAUGUUAGACGCUACGACGCUAGAAGUAUCCGCUUGCAUCCAAAAUAAAAACCUAAAAAUAUCUGCUUAAGAGAAAUGCUGUAGAAUUUCCCUUUAUACUCCGCCAGUUAAAAAAUAGUAAUAAUAGUAAUAAUAAUAUAAAAACAGCAACAUACUCUCAAGCACGGUUAAGGCAGAUGCUUUGAAAACAUAGACAACUAUACAGUGGUAUAUAAUAAUUUUUCUCUAAUCAGACCACAAUUGGGACGAAAACUGCAUAUAACGUAGAAAAUGUUCAACAGGUAAAUCAUCAAUUUAUUCAGAUUUUGCUGCGACGCGUAUUAGUUGUUCAUUGUCUUUGAAGUUAAAAACGGAAGUAGUCGUCAGAUUCUCGUAGUCUGACGCUGAACGAUGCUCUAGCCCCAAAUAAUACUGACCCACUGAUGCUACCGAGCUAUCAGGACAAGAAUCAGCAACGUUUGGUCUGACAAACUACCGCUGGACCACGCUGGGGCGAACGUAGACCUUAAAUACACUUUACGUUCACAGCCGGUGUAUUUUAUCUCUCGGACCUCAGAUAACUGCCAUUUCAGUGGAAAUAUGAAUUUAUAUUUGCGACUACUAUAGCUGUCAAAGUACAGUAUAGCCAAGUAGUGUCAAGCCGUUGUCGGGAUUUUUUCACUGCUAUUGUGCAGUUGUAGAGGAAACGAGCCGUGAUAUAACCUUUCUUACAGCAGCCGUAGGAACAGUGGACAGAAGGAGCAGAACCGACCCGUGAUGGAUAAUGCUCACACGAAGACGGUGGAGGAGGUUUUGGGCUUCUUCGGUGUGAAUGAGUCUACAGGCUUGAGCUGUGAGCAGCUGAAGAAGAACAGGGAGCGAUGGGGACCCAACGAGUUACCAGCAGAAGAAGGAAAGUCCCUUUGGGAGUUGGUCCUGGAACAGUUUGAGGAUCUCUUGGUUCGAAUUUUGCUACUGGCUGCUUGCAUCUCCUUUACUCUGGCUUGGUUUGAAGAAGGGGAAGGAACCAUCACAGCCUUUGUUGAACCUUUUGUCAUUCUCCUCAUCCUCAUUGCCAAUGCUAUAGUGGGAGUAUGGCAGGAGCGUAAUGCAGAGAAUGCUAUCGAAGCUUUGAAGGAGUAUGAGCCAGAGAUGGGCAAGGUGUACCGCCAGGACAAAAAGAGCGUCCAGAGAGUCAGAGCCCGCGACAUUGUUCCUGGAGACAUCGUGGAGGUUGCAGUCGGUGACAAGGUCCCCGCUGACAUCAGGCUGACAUCCAUUCGCUCCACCACUCUGAGGGUGGAUCAGUCCAUUUUGACGGGGGAGUCUGUGUCCGUGCUCAAACACACAGACCCGGUACCAGAUCCAAGGGCUGUCAACCAGGACAAGAAGAACAUGCUCUUCUCUGGCACCAACAUUGCAGCGGGCAGAGCCAUCGGUGUUGUCGUGGCAACAGGGGUGCAAACAGAAAUCGGUAAGAUCCGAGAUGAGAUGGCGUCCACCGACCCGGAGAGGACGCCGCUGCAGCAGAAGCUGGACCAGUUUGGGGAGCAGCUGUCUAAGGUCAUCAGUGUGAUCUGCGUGGCUGUGUGGGCCAUCAACGUGGGACACUUCAACGACCCGGUGCACGGAGGCAGCUGGCUGAGAGGAGCCGUUUAUUACUUCAAGAUCGCCGUGGCGCUGGCUGUCGCUGCCAUCCCCGAAGGACUUCCAGCCGUCAUCACUACCUGCCUGGCUCUUGGCACCAGGAGGAUGGCCAGGAAGAACGCCAUAGUCCGCAGCCUGCCGUCAGUGGAGACGCUGGGCUGCACCUCUGUCAUAUGCUCUGACAAAACAGGAACCCUAACCACCAACCAGAUGUCUGUUUGCAGGAUGUUUGUAGUGGACAGUGUGUCGAAGGAUCGCUGCAGCCUGAGCGAGUUCACGGUGACUGGUUCGACGUACGCCCCUGAAGGGGAAGUGUACAAGGACGGCUCAGUGGUGAAGUGCAGUCGCUAUGAAGGGCUGGUGGAGAUGGCUUCCAUCUGCGCUCUGUGCAAUGACUCAUCACUGGACUACAACGAGACAAAGGGUGUGUAUGAGAAGGUUGGGGAGGCGACAGAGACUGCCCUCUGUUGUCUGGUUGAGAAAAUGAACGUGUUCGACACCGACCUGAAAGGACUGAGCCGUGCUGAACGAGCUACAGCGUGCUGCUCUGUGAUUAAGCAGUUGAUGAGGAAGGAGCUGACCCUGGAGUUCUCCAGAGACAGGAAGUCCAUGUCCGUCUUCUGUCUAUCCAAUAAAUUCUCCAGAUCUGCCUGUGGAACUAAAAUGUUUGUGAAGGGGGCUCCGGAGAGCGUGCUGGAGCGUUGUAAUUACAUCCGCAUCAGUGGCUCUGCCCGUGUGCCCAUGAGCCCUGCGGCCCGAGAGCAGCUCCUGUCCACUGUGCGGGAAUGGGGUUCAGGCCGAGACACCCUGCGGUGCCUCGCCAUGGCGACCAGAGACACGCCUCCGGAGCUGCACUGCCUCAACCUGGAGAACUCGGCUGCUUUUGCUGAAUAUGAGUCGGACCUGACCUUCGUGGGCUGUGUGGGUAUGUUGGACCCCCCUAGGAAGGAGGUUCUGAGCGCCGUCCGCAUGUGUCGGCAGGCGGGAAUACGGGUCAUCAUGAUCACAGGUGACAACAAAGGGACAGCUCUCUCCAUCUGCAGACGCGUCGGCAUCAUCACGGAGCAGGAGGAGGAGCAGGAGGGAAGCGGGGUCAUCGGGGGCCUGACGGGCCGGGAGUUUGACGAGCUGCCCCCCCACCUGCAGCGCCAGGCCUGCCAGACGGCGAAGUGCUUCGCCCGCGUAGAACCGGCCCACAAGAGCCGUAUAGUGGAGUACCUGCAGAGCUUGAGUGACAUCACCGCCAUGACAGGUGACGGGGUGAACGACGCCCCGGCCCUGAAGAAGGCGGAGAUUGGAAUCGCUAUGGGCAGCGGCACAGCUGUGGCCAAGUCGGCCUCAGAGAUGAUCCUGGCCGAUGACAACUUUUCCACCAUCGUGGCUGCUGUGGAGGAGGGCAGAGCCAUUUACAACAACAUGAAGCAGUUCAUCAGAUACCUGAUAUCGUCCAACAUAGGGGAGGUGGUUUGCAUUUUCCUGACGGCUGCACUGGGCAUGCCUGAAGCACUGAUCCCAGUUCAGCUGCUAUGGGUCAACCUGGUCACGGAUGGUUUCCCAGCAACAGCUCUGGGCUUCAACCCCCCAGAUCUAGACAUCAUGUCCCGCCCCCCGCGCUCUCCCAAGGAGCCUCUGAUCUCCAGCUGGUUGUUCUGUCGAUACCUCAUCAUUGGAUGCUAUGUGGGCGCCGCUACUGUGGGAGCUGCUGCCUGGUGGUUCAUGGCGGCUCAUGAUGGUCCUAAGCUUUCCUUCUAUCAGUUGUCCCACUACCUGCAGUGCAGCGAAGGCCACGCUGAGUUUGCUGGUGUGCAGUGUUCGGUUUUCGAGUCUCCUUAUCCAAUGACCAUGGCUUUGUCUGUCCUGGUUACCAUAGAGAUGUGCAACGCCUUGAACAGCCUGUCAGAGAACCAGUCCCUGCUGAAGAUGCCACCCUGGUCCAACCCGUGGCUGGUGGGGGCCAUCUGUCUGUCAAUGGCCCUUCACUUCCUCAUUCUAUACGUAGACCCGCUGCCGGUGAUUUUCCAGAUACGACCUCUGUCGUGGCCUCAGUGGGUGGUGGUCCUGAAGAUGUCGCUUCCAGUCAUCCUGAUGGACGAGGUCCUUAAAUUUCUGGCCCGAAACUAUAUUGAGCCCGGAAGUCAGAUCCAGACACUUGAAGAGGAGGAGGAGAUGCAGCGCAUGGGGGCGGCCACGGGUUUGCUGCGUCAGUCACUCAGAGGCGUGUCCUGGUCCUUCGUCCUCAUCGCCGCACCGCUGGUCAUCUGGAUCUUCAGCCUGGACUCUGACAUCACCAACAUCUUCUGGGAGUGAAGGGAGAACGCGACGACAGGUGCACUCAGACUGGAGGCUGACAGAGAGCGGGGAACGGCUGAGGAAGCAAUGUGGGGAAAUGCAGAAUACUGUGGAGUUUUAGCCAGCAGACAAUCAGAAACUGUUCAGACCACGACCUCUGUGAAAAGAUGCCAUGUGUAGGAGUGAGUCCCAUCGCUUAAUGAAACGGGUUCUUUAGGGAUGCAGCUCUUAUAAAUAUCAGACACACAGAUUUGAUCUUAUGCCAACAUGUAAAUGUUUAAACUCUAAAUUUUUGCCUGUUACACCCUGUGACAGUGAUGGUUCACAGAUAACAUUUACUAUUUGCUAAAUCACAUGGAAGGAAUCUAAAAACUCAUACACAGGCUUUUUAUUGUCUCCUGAAAAUUUCCUUUUAUUUUUAGGAAAGUAAAGAAAACCUGGUGAAACUUGGUUGAAUAAAAUGCUUUUAACAGUUAAUCUCUACCAACGUUUUAUUCAGUAAUAGUGUUUCACCUGAACAGAUAAAUAUGAGCUGCUUUUAAACACAACAGACAAAAAGAGAGUGUGUUGCUACACAUGGCAUCUUUUAGGUCAAAUGUUUAGUUUAGAAAAUGAGUGGUUUAAAAAUAAAUAAAUCAAAUACACACAAACACACACACACACACACACACAUGCACUAGCUUUACAUCCAUGCUAUAAUUCAACAGUAAUAAUAAUGACAGCAUCAGGUGAAGGGGCCAGAACAGCAGCCUUCGUCUGGCUGCUCUACAUCUGAACGCUGUAACACAUUCGCUGUCGUUAGACUGUUAGCAGAGCACGUCAGGCUGCUCAUUACCGCAUGUGAGAGAAAAGUCCACCAUCACACGGAAACCAGUAAAAGCCAGUAAUACAGACCUUUAUUCUGACAGGUCUACUUCCUGUCUGACAUGACAGCAACUACAACACUAUGAUUGGAUGAGAGGCCGCAGGUUGUGGUACUUCUGUCAGUGAUGGAUCCAUGUGUCCAGGCUUCAUUUGCAGUCAGCUGCCAACCGGCGUUUUCACACAUUCCUAAUGUUCUGCUGCCGUUCAAGCACCUCUUCAGUUUACUUUGUUUGAAAAACUGCUUUUUUGAUUCAGUGUUACAAUACUUUUUGUUGUGUUUUAUACACAAUGAGCCGCUGUUAGAAAGAUAAUCAGACAUUAGAGUUUCUACUUGUAAGAGCUUUAGAUGAGGUGACGUUUAUACCAGUUCAUCCCGACCACAGUUGUUCAGCUGCACUUUUUAUUUCUCAUGUUUCUAUAUUUCAUUUUCAAAAAUUCCAGCUUUAUGUAUGAUAAUGUUAUGACCUUCUCGCUCUUAAUGCUCUUAUGAAGGCGUUGGACCUACUGUGGUAACAGGCUGUUCAUCUUAUGUGAAUUAUUCCAACAGGCUGUUUUUGGGAGCUUCAGCUUAAACUCGUCUUUUUGUUUCCUGAGAGCUUGAAACAUGAAGUGACUGAAGGGAUGCUGGUUCCAAUUAAAGGGGAAGAUCAUAUAGAUUUACUUAGAGUGAGUGUUUUAUUUAUUACUAAUUGACUUUUUGCAGGUGACUUAUGUCAUGACAGUCCUUCAUGGCAGAUCCCCAUCGUGCCAAUUGUUUACACUUUUGUUCCUUAUCUUUAUUUAUUACUGUAGGUUUUAGCUGACAUGCGUCUUUAGGCUCAGGCUCAGUGGAAGGUUCUAGGCUCACGCCGUAGUUGGAAAGUUCUUCCUGACUUGCCUGAUCUAAAUAAAGGAUGAUUUGAACAACUGUCAA